AUGGGGCGGCUGGGGCCGCUGAAAACCGGUUCCCAGGGCCUUGAGAAAUGCUUUGGAAAGCGAGCGCCCGCAUGUUUAGAUGCAGCCUGGGUCUAUGUCUGCUACACCAGCAAUCCGUUAGUACAGCUCUUCUACUUGCUGGUGGUGGUGGGCGGCUAUGCGACCUUUGUGGCAUACAGCCAUCCGCAUUUGCCGAACAGGUUCAUUGGCAACAUCCACAAGUACAUCGGCUUUAUCAUCUUUUCCCUCUGCUUAGCCGUUUGGUGGAGAGCAUGCACAACGGAUCCUGGCACCAUCACGGAUCGGAAUGUGGAGAAGAUCUGCGACCAGUGGCAGUGGGACGAGCAGAUCUUUCACAUGGCACACUGUCGAUCCUGCGACCUCGUUAAACCCGCGCGCUCGAAGCAUUGCUCCUUAUGCCAGCGCUGUGUGGCGAGGUUCGAUCAUCAUUGCAUUUGGAUCAACAACUGUGUGGGCGUGGGAAAUCAUCGCUACUUUCUAGGGUUUCUUGGCAUACACUUGGUCAUUUGCUUCUAUGGCUUUGGUCUGACUGCAACCAUCCUCUACGAAAUCAUUGUCAGUAAAGACCUUCUCUCUGCAGUUUUCGUGAAACCCGACACGCGGGAGCGCUUUACGGCGACCAAGUUGAUGGUUGGUCAGUACUUGCUGGCGACAGAGGGCAUGGUGGUCUUCAUUUGCGUGCUAUGCUGCAUCAUGGGCAUCGUCCUCUUCGGCUUCUUUGGCUGGCACCUGUAUCUUGUUCGUUCAGGCACUACAACCAAUGAGCUGAGCAAGUGGAGCUAUCUCAGAAUGUGCUUGAAGCAUGAGGGCGAGGAAGGAAAGGAGAAGAUCAAACUGUUGAACAACGAGUACAAUCAGGGUCCACUUCGUCUGCCGGCAGACUUGCAGAGAACUGGAAGGUUUCAGGGCCAGAAGGGAAAUCUGGACAGUGGCUCCAAGCCCAAAUCGGAGCUGGCACAAGUGAUGAACAAAGGCAUCAUGGAGCAGCGUGAAAAAACGAGCAUGUUGUCCAGGAAGUCUCCUCACAAGGCUGGCACAGGCUACGGGAUGUACGGUGGUCCAUGCAGACCAGCGAGUUGGUCCGCUUGCGAAACAGCUUUAGUGCAGGGCCGAAAGGAUUGGAAAGUCACCGAAUCGGAACAGGUCACUACAGCGGAGGCCAAGCUUCAUACCGACAAAUUGGAUCUUGGAAAGAAAUACAAUUGUAAAAUGAGUUCGCGAUUCCAGCCCCUGGACCCCGCAACAUCGAACUAUUAUUUCCAGUUGCCCACGACGCCGCACCAUAUCAAGUACAGCAACAACCAGGCAGAUGCUGAGAGUCCCAAGAGCCAACGUGCACGAGAGAUGCAAAGAGCGGCUCAGAAGGCCCAAGAAUUGAAAAAGCCAUUGCUCGCGAAGCUGCGGCAACCUGUGGACCACUUGGAACGGCCCAGACCGGGCAUCGGCUAUGACAUUCAUCGCCUCGAAGACUGGUUCAAGCUGAUUGACACCAGUAACAGCGGUGAAAUCACUGUGCGAAAGCUGAUCGUUGCCAUGAUGCGAUAUCAGGACAUCAUGGACUUGAUCUAUCUUCUUAAGGAAAAGUCCAGCGGAAUCUGGCAGCUGAAACCAGAGGAACGGCCUAUUGCUGGCAAACUCACUCGAGAAGAUAUGCAAUGGGUUCGCGGAAUUCUCACGGAACUACGAUCAGAUGGCCAUUCAAAGAUGACAUGGACGGAGUUCGUGGAAUUCUUCCGACAAGCAGGCUUGUUGCUGGAAUACGAGACCAGAGCUGAGAUGAACGAAUCUGCUUUGGGUGAGACCAGUCUGAUGGAACAGCAGGGGUGCCCAGCUGGAAACAUGGAGGUUUACCUCCUAUGGCCAAACAUGAUGAACAUUUUUCUUGUGAGAAACCAUCAAAUUGUUGUGUGA